CCGGCUCCCAGUAUCUCUCCCAGGCCUCCAUCAGCUCAUUCCUCCAUCACCCUCUUUCAUCCAGUCAACCAGCCUCGCAUUCUCCUCAUUUCUUUGAGCAGUAUUCUGAGUACCAGCGUCAUGUCUUUGAGUACCCUCCGCACCGGCCUCGCGGCCUUGGUGCUUGCCCACGGCAUCAGAGCGGCCCCAACUCCCUCCGAGCUCGAUAUCAACACUAUCCCUCCUCCUGCGGUAAACCUGACUGCCGUCACGGAUCUGGCCAGCUACAGCGACUUCACCGUCUAUGACAAUUGCGACUGCAACAAGAACAACGGUAACGAAUACCGCAAUAAGCUCAACUGCGAUACCAAAGUAGCCGACUACCGCAAGUCCGUCUACGUUGACGGUCUGGCUGCCGCCUUCGGUGGCUUUCAGGACAAGCACGGCAAGUUCGAGUGCGGUGGCCAGUACUUUGGCAUCCUCUUCAAGGGCUGCUACGACCUUGAGAAGAAGUACAACGGCCGCAUCCGCUGCCUCCGCCCCGUUCCCCCCGGAUGGAUCGAGAAGCACGGUGGCAAGGGCUACGGUGGUGGCGGCUAUGGCGGCUAUGGCGGCAACAACUAUGGUGGUGGUCGGGGCUACGGCGCUGGCUACUCACCUUCUGGCUAUGGUUCGGAGGGUUACUGUGACCAGAAUAGCCCCAACUAUGACAACUGCGAUGGCCGCCAGAGGGGCUAUGGUGGUCAGGGCGGGUACGGUGGCGGUUACGGCGGCUAUGGCGGUGGCCACGGUAAUAACUAUGGAUCUGGUGGUAACUAUGGUGGCCGCGGUAACAACUAUGGUGGGCUCGGUAACUACGGCGGACACGGUGACAACUAUGGGAACGGUAACAACUAUGGUGGCCACGGUUCCGGUUACGGCGGUCACGGCUCCGGUUAUGGCGGUCCCGGUGGCAACUAUGGCGGCAGUGGUUACGGCGGCUAUGGUGGCGCCCACAACAGCCAUGGCAACUACGACGGCUACGGCAAUGGUUUCGGCAGCAACUACGGUGGCCAUGGCUCUGUCUAUGGCGGCAAUGACGGCUAUGGCAACAAGUACGACGGUCAUAACUCUGGCUAUGGUCACGACGGUCACAGGUUCGGCCAGGGCGGCUACGGUGGUGUCUCUCACGGUUCUGGCUAUGGUGGCCCUGACGGCAACAACUACGGUGGGCACGGCUCUGGAUAUGGCGCUCAUGAGUCUGGCUACGGUGGCCCUGGCUAUGGUAACGAAGGGCACAAGUAUGGUCAUGAUGGGAACAAGUACGGUCAUGAUGGGAACAAGUAUGGACACGAUGGGCAAAACUAUGGUGGCCACCAGGCUGGAUAUGGCGGCCCUGGUUAUGGCAAUGAAGGGCACAAGUCUGCCCACAACGGCUAUGGCGGCCCUGGCUAUAGUGGCCACGGUGGCUACAAUGGCUACAAUGGCUACAAUGGCUACAAUGGCUACAACGGCAAGGGCAACUACAUCGCCGAGGUCAAGCCCGAGGACCUCGUCGCCGUGGUCGAGAUCCAGCCCUCGGCUGUUGUCGAGGCCACCCUCGAGUCCACCACCACCGCGUCGGCAUAGAUUGACAGCCGGUUCUCUGACGACCCAGAUGUACAUACAAGAUCCAAAGCUGAUGACGGUUUAUGACUUGGCUGGGGCGGCUGGACACACAAACAAAAGAAAAGGCAAAAGAGCGGCAAAAGGGGUGUGGAGGGGAGAAGAGGUGAUCAAGGGAAGAGGGGAAAAUCUUGUGUGAAGGCUGCAUUUUGGUCCGCUUGAAAAGCUCAUGAUAACCAAAAAAGCGUGGAGUUAAUUGAAAUAGCAUCUUUGUUUGUUGUUUAGUCUUUCGCAGCUUUUGGAUGUAUACGAGAUAGAUCGUGGCAGGCAGAGAGAGACAUGCUGUAUUUGGGAUGAGAGAAAGCCGAGUUAGAUACAUGGGGGAUGCCUUUUCAGUAUCUGUGUUUUGGAAUAAUUGAUGUUGACCUUUUGUCUUUCCUUAGCUACUUGACUGAGAGAA